AUGAUGAACUAUCCCUUCAACUGUUCACCCCUUGUUUGCUUUGAAAACUCGUAUAUCAAAGUAUAUGAACAGCUAUAUGACACUCUGGACAUUGUCGGAGGACCGGAGGUGCGAGCACAGGCAACAGCCAAGAUGAGCAACGUCGAUGUCAAGGCCACAGUGGCAGCCUUUGCAGCCAGCGAGGGCCAUGCCCACCCAAGAGUGGUAGAGCUGCCCAAGACGGAAGAGGGCCUGGGCUUUAACAUCAUGGGGGGCAAAGAGCAGAACUCCCCCAUCUACAUCUCCAGAGUGAUCCCUGGGGGGGUGGCCGACCGCCAAGGAGGGCUUAAGAGAGGAGACCAGCUGCUGUCUGUCAAUGGAGUGAGCGUUGAGGGGGAGCACCAUGAGAAGGCGGUGGAGCUGCUGAAGGCUGCCCAGGGUUCAGUCAAGCUGGUGGUACGCUACACCCCAAAGGUCCUGGAGGAAAUGGAGGCUCGCUUUGAGAAGAUGAGGAGCGCCCGGAGGCGACAGCAGCACACCAGCUACUCGUGA